AUGGACCCCCUGGCCACAGAUGCGACAUACGCCGUUAUGUGGCACGAAGGGUGGGGCAACGUGAAGGGCGAGACCUUCGACGACUUCAGCCGUGCGUGCGCGCGGUUUGACGCUCUGGAAGGGGGGCGUUACGCCGCAAUUCUGGUGGAUGGUCGCUUCAGAGAGCUGCGCUACUACGGGACGCGAGGGCACGUCGCGAAGGAGUUUUCAAAGUUCUGGAGCGAGAAGUACCAGGCCUUGGGGGCCCUUCACUUGGAAGCUGCCUUUCACUUCAGCUUGGCGAGAGGUCCCAGAGAGAUUGACAUCGUGGGCUCACGUUUUUCCGGAGGCUUCUUGCAUGAGUCGCUGUGCUGGCGGAUCCUGGAGGCACGAAUACGAGUCCGCUUGGCCGGUCGGCCAGAGGUGGUGCAGGAGCUGGAAGAGAGGCUCGGAGCGGCGCCAUCGUCGCGCUUCCUCUUGCGUGGCUGCAUCUUCUACGAGGAUCAGCUCGUUCUACACCAUCGCAGUGCAGAGGUUGACGUGCUCAGAAGCCCUGUGCAGGAACCAAGCCUCUUGAGCCCUUCCCAGCCAACCGGAUGGUGGACGUUUACGCCUGCGAGGUUGCUCGAAGCACCUGGGGCCAAGGAUUCGCGGUGGGUCUUGCUUCUUCACAAGCGCUAUUGGCUGUCUCCUCUGCUUUGCAUCGAGCAGUCCGACGGCCGCGUUUGCACUGAAGGAGACGCGGCCAUCAAGCUGAAGAGCCUUGAAGCCCUUGAAGGUCGGGAGUUUCUCGAAGCUGUUGAAGAUUGCAAGCACCUGAAGGCUCGGAAUCCCGUGCUCGUCUCCGAGGUCCGCCGGCGAGGCUCUGGGAGGUGGGAAGAGGUGUCGCGAGGCUUCGUGCUGCCCCAGAAGUGGAGCAUGGAAGCUCCCGUGCUUCCCGCGGCUGAGGAAGAAGGAGCUGCCGCAUUGAAAGCCCAGCCGUCCAUCACGCGGCUCCAGCGUCAGAUGGAGCGGGCCCUCCAAAGUGCCGGAAAUCUGGAUGCCUGGUGGGCGGAGGUGGAGCGUUUGGAGUCAGUUGCUGAAGACACGGAGCGUCGGUCGGCGGAGGAGCAAGAGCGCCGCCAGAACAAGCUCUGGAGGCCGCCUCCCCCUGCGGAGCCAUUCAGCCCAGAGCACGGCCUGGCCGAAGCGCUCGCCGAGCGCUGGACGGCCGCGCAGACCGAAGAGGCGGUGUCGCCUCGCCGACGCGCCGAUGUUGACAGAAGAGUUGCUUCCCGCCUGGCUUUCACUCAGGGCUCAGGGGCUUUGGCUUGA